UCGAAGCUUUCUGGAUAUUGGGUUUCCGGAUAAGGGAUCCUAUACCUGUAUAUACAAUCUGUUUGUUGGGAAUGUUUAGUCUUAUGUCUGUUACAUUCUCUAUCUCCCCAGGGGCUGCACCACAUCCACAAGAACCGGGUCGUUCAUAAAGACAUUAAGAGCCUGAACAUCAUGCUCACAGAGACGGCCAAAGUGAAGAUCAGUGAGUAAAACUUACAGUUAUAAUGGAGUAAUGGAUGGUGGGGAGCUUCUGUGAAUUUGGAGUCAGGGGGUUUCAUAAUUCAGGUUUCUAUCUUAUUGUGAUUAAACAAAUUAUUUUCCAUUAAUAUAUUCUGUCAUUUCAGUCGACUUUGGAAACAGCUGGAACCUGGACCCGCAAACUGGAUUGUGCCACGAAGCGGAAGGGACUCCACAUUGGAUGGCACCCGAGACCAUAAGGCAGAAGGGCCAGCGCCUGGCGUACGACAGCAAAGUAUGUUGUACUUAUAAUACUUGUAACAACACUGAGCAUUUACCUAUUAGUGUUAAUGGGACAUAGAGGAAGUAAUUUUCUCAUGGGGGGAAAGGAGUUUUUCUGAAACGUUGGGUUUCUUACCUUUUUGCACAAAGUGUCUGCUUUAAAAUAUUUGCUCUUUUGCUCAGUUAUGUAACUGCUAUUGUUUGUAAUGGAGAUGUAUUGCUGUAUACAUGUUUAUAAAUAUAAUAAAGCAUUUUCUCACUUUUACAUAUAACAUGGUGUGCUUUAUUACUAGGGUGUGCAUUGGGAUAUUUUAGAAGUUGUAUUUUGUUCUGUUUUGGCCAUAAUUGACCUAAGGAGAAUGCCAUGUACUUUUGCACACAUACAAAUAUAUGUAUAUGUUUCUAAAGUAGAAUAUGAAACUUACAUUUUAUUAAAAACCCACUAACCCAAUUCUCUCCUUCUAAUGCUCUUUUGUUUGUCUUUUGCAGUGUGACAUCUGGUCGCUGGGCAUAACCGCCAUCGAAAUGGCCGAGGGACAAGAACCUUACGCAGGGCAAUACCCAGUGGAGCACCUGAUCAGAGAAGCCCAACCACCGAAGCUUCGAUCAAAGACCUGGUCACAAAGUUUUGUGUCUUUUCUGGAGUCCUGUUUGACGAAGGAUCCUUCUGAGAGAGGAAGUGCCGAAGAACUCCUGCAGCACCCAUUCAUCAAAGAACUGCCCCCUAAGAAGAUCAUCAGGGCUGAGAUUGAAGAACAUCUCCGGGCUCUGCAGAACCGGCCGGCCAAGAAAGGAUUGAAGGGAAAAGCUUUGAAACAGCUGCGUCGCGCUUGUGACUUCUACGCACGCAACACAGCAGAGGAACAAAAAUUGGCUCUGCAAAUGGCCCUGGAGGGCUUUCCCUGUAACUGAUCUUGUGGCCAGUAACAUCCACGGUCCAGAAUAAAUCUCCUGUGUAAAAUUCUAGGUGAAAGAAACAUCCACACAGAAAGGUGAAGCAGCUCAACCAGUGAUGACUUUGAGAUUAGUGCAGUUCCACCAGCAGUGUCUGCUCCUCUCCCUGAAGCACCAGAAUGAUCAGUUACUAAUGUAACCAGUGGCAUCUAUCUUGAGAUCAUGCAACACCACCAGCAGUCUCACAUUCAAAGUUCACAUCUCCACCAGUGGUACCUUAAAUUUCAACUACUGUACCAUUAUUCUACCCACUGGUUCUAUAUUUCACACAACUUUGUGCAACACCACCAGCCUCUUCUUCUUCUACUGCUCCUCCUCCACCAGACUCUAUCAUGCCAACACACCUCCAGCAUCUACAC